AUGCCAAAAGAAUCCACCUACAAAAAAUGUCCAGUGUGCAUGUUUUCUCAAAGAAAGUGUCGCCACCGCAAAGAAUUAGAGAACAUGUUCGGUCCUGACUAUAGAUUUCCAAAAGAACAACAAAGAUUUAAAGAAAAAGUUUUAAAGAUUUUUAGAAAUAAUCCCAGACAACAAAAGAUCUUUGUGGAGCAAGUUAUUAGACCCAUGUCUUCAGGAUGUAUUAGUGGAUUUAUCAAAACCGCUCAAGAGGAAUAUGAGAGAGCGGACGAUUUUCAAUUCUUGAUUGACGAGUUUAAUCAAAAACUCGUGCGAGAUGUUUAUUCGUGUUUGGAAGAUGCUUGCGACGAUCAAGACAUUGAUGAUUUGGCAGAUACGGAAGAGGAAGACAACACAAAUGAAAUCUUGAAUCCAGAUACGACUCCCUCUUCAAAUCACGGUUCAAGUGGUCUUCCAACACGUUUUGUCUUUUACGAUGUUGAUCAUCAGAAUGAAAUGUAUUAUUUUGAAGAAAUUUGA